GGCGGCCCCAACGCAGCCCCCCGCCCGGCUGGGCCGGCCCCCGUGGAUGGGCGGGCGGGCGGAGCGGCACGGAGGGCACCGCCCUCGGCCCGCCCGCCGAGGAGGGGACGCGAGCGGGAGGCUGAGCCAGCAGCGCCCGCCCGGGGCCCGCUGCACUCUGCACUCGGCCGCCCGGGCGGCAGGGACGGGACCGGUGCCGGCGCGGGCCCUGCGGGCCGGGAACGGAGUCCGGGCCCGGGCCCGAGCCGCAGCGGGAGGCCAGAGGGCUGUAGGCAGAGAUGGCGGCCGCGGGGGCCGCGGCGGCCGCGGAAGGGAUGGAGCCGCGGGCGCUGCAGUACGAGCAGACCCUGAUGUAUGGCCGAUAUACUCAGGAGCUUGGGGCCUUUGCCAAAGAGGAAGCUGCUCGGAUUCGCUUGGGAGGGCCUGAGACCUGGAGGGGUCCGCCUUCCCCUCGGGCUCCCCCAGAGCUUCUGGAAUAUGGACAGAGCCGUUGCGCCCGAUGCCACAUCUGUUCCGUACGCUGCCAUAAGUUCCUAGUGUCCAGGGUUGGUGAAGACUGGAUCUUCCUGGUCCUGCUGGGGCUCCUCAUGGCUCUGGUUAGCUGGGCCAUGGACUAUGCCAUCGCUGCCUGUCUGCAGGCUCAACAGUGGAUGUCCCAGGGCUUGAACACCAGCCUCUUGCUGCAGUACCUGGCCUGGGUCACCUACCCCAUCGUCCUCAUCACUUUCUCAGCUGGAUUUACACAGAUCCUGGCUCCUCAGGCUGUCGGGUCCGGCAUCCCUGAGAUGAAGACCAUCUUGCGCGGGGUAGUGCUGAAGGAAUACCUCACCCUGAAGACCUUUGUAGCCAAGGUCAUUGGGCUGACCUGUGCCCUGGGCAGCGGGAUGCCCCUUGGCAAAGAGGGCCCUUUCGUGCAUAUCGCCAGCAUGUGUGCUGCCCUACUCAGCAAGUUCCUCUCCCUCUUUGGGGGCAUCUACGAGAACGAAUCCCGGAACACAGAGAUGCUGGCCGCAGCCUGCGCCGUGGGAGUGGGUUGCUGCUUCGCGGCACCUAUUGGAGGUAGGCCGUCGGCUGAGCCCUACUGCCCUGCCCGUGGCCUCCCGUCCUCUGCCCCUCUCAUCUGGGCCUGGGCCUCAGGCGGCACUCUUGUCCCCGCACAGGUGUCCUGUUCAGCAUUGAGGUCACCUCUACCUUCUUUGCUGUGCGAAACUACUGGCGGGGCUUCUUUGCCGCCACCUUCAGCGCCUUCAUCUUCCGGGUCCUGGCAGUCUGGAACCGUGAUGAAGAGACCAUCACGGCUCUCUUCAAAACCCGCUUCCGGCUUGACUUUCCCUUCGACCUCCAGGAGCUACCCGCCUUUGCUGUCAUCGGGUGAGGAGCUCAGGGAGCCGGGGUGCAUCAGGGACCGGGAGGUAAAAGAGGGAAGACCCCCCUUUGACUCUGCUGCUUCUCCCCUCUCCAGUAUUGCUAGUGGCUUUGGGGGAGCGCUCUUUGUCUACCUGAACAGGAAGAUUGUGCAGGUGAUGCGGAAGCAGAAAACCAUCAACCGCUUCCUCAUGAAGAAACGCCUGCUCUUCCCGGCUCUGGUGACCCUGCUCAUCUCCACUCUGACCUUCCCCCCUGGCUUUGGACAGUUCAUGGCCGGACAGCUCUCACAGAAAGAAACUCUGGUCACCCUGUUUGACAACCGGACAUGGGUCCGCCAGGGCCUGGUGGAGGACCUGGAGCCGCCAGGAACCUCACAGGCCUGGAGCCCACCACGUGCCAACGUCUUCCUCACCUUGGUCAUCUUCAUUCUCAUGAAGUUCUGGAUGUCUGCACUGGCCACCACCAUCCCAGUGCCCUGUGGGGCCUUCAUGCCAGUCUUUGUCAUUGGAGCAGCAUUUGGGCGGCUGGUGGGCGAAAGCAUGGCUGCCUGGUUCCCAGAUGGGAUUCACACUGACAGCAGCACCUACCGGAUCGUGCCCGGAGGCUACGCAGUGGUGGGGGCCGCUGCACUGGCAGGAGCAGUGACACACACAGUGUCCACGGCCGUGAUUGUGUUCGAGCUCACGGGCCAGAUCGCCCACAUCCUCCCCGUCAUGAUCGCCGUCAUCCUGGCCAACGCCGUUGCCCAGAGCCUACAGCCCUCGCUCUACGACAGCAUCAUCCGGAUCAAGAAACUGCCCUAUUUGCCUGAGCUGGGCUGGGGCCGCCACCAGCAGUACCGGAUGCGAGUGGAGGACAUAAUGGUGCGGGAUGUUCCCCACGUGGCCCUCAGCUGCACCUUCCGGGACCUUCGGCUGGCACUGCACAGGACCAAGGGCCGCAUGUUGGCCCUAGUAGAGUCCCCUGAGUCCAUGAUCCUCCUGGGCUCCAUUGAGCGCUCACAGGUGGUGGCAUUGCUGGGGGCCCAGCUGAGCACAGCCCGCCGGCGGCAGUACAUGCAAGAGCGUCGAGCUGCCCAGACCUCUCCACCUUCUGAUCAGGAGUGUUCCCCUAGCCCUGAGACAUCCGUCCGAUUCCAGGUGAACACAGAGGACUCAGGUUUCCCUGCAGCCCAGGGAGAGACUCACAAGCCCCUGAAGCCUGCUCUCAAGAGGGGGCCCAGCAACACCAUGAAUCUCGGGGAGAGUCCCACAGGGAACAUGGAGCAGGCAGGCAUCGCCCUCAGGAGCCUCUUCUGUGGCAGUCCAACCCCUGAGGCUGCUUCAGAGUUGGAGAAGUCGGAAUCAUGUGACACGCGCAAGCUGAAGCGGGUCCGAAUCUCCCUGGCGAGUGACUCAGACCUGGAAGGCGAGAUGACCCCUGAGGAGAUUCUGGAGUGGGAAGAACAGCAACUGGAUGAACCUGUCAACUUCAGUGACUGCAAAAUUGACCCCGCCCCCUUCCAGCUGGUGGAGCGGACCUCUUUGCACAAGACUCACACCGUCUUCUCGCUACUGGGAGUGGACCAUGCAUAUGUCACCAGUAUUGGCAGGCUCAUUGGGAUCGUCACUCUAAAGGAGCUCCGGAAGGCCAUCGAGGGCUCCGUCACAGCACAGGGCGUCAAAGUCCGGCCGCCCCUCGCCAGCUUCCGUGACAGUGCCACCAGCAGCAGUGACACGGAGACCACGGAGGUGCACGCACUCUGGGGGCCCCGCUCCCAUCAUGGCCUCCCCCGGGAGGGGAGCCCUUCUGACAGCGAUGACAAGUGCCAAUGAACCCCUCAAUGGGCAGCCUGGGAUGGCAGUGGCCGUGGCUGUUGGCCAAUCCUGAAGCUCUCCUAUUCCUUCUGCCUUGGGAAAGGAGGUGGCUACCCUAAAGGCUGAAGCCCUAGCCUCCCUUCCGGGCCUGGGGUGGUGCCAAGCUCCUGGUUCGUCCUACCUGGAAUCUGACCAAGUGCCCAACUGC